GUUAUAAAUUGGGCGCAGUAUCGGGGCCGGUUAAUCAGUCACGUGCUGCUGUUCACCCUGGUCCAUGCUUUUCGCGGGAUUUCGUUGGGAAAUUAACCUUUCAACCCAACUUCCCCGAGAUACCUUCCAUCUCCCUUCUAACCCACAUACUGUACACAGCCCCUCCAUCUCUCUCCCACCUACGAACCCCACAUGGCAUCACCAAUCCACCGUCUGUUCUCCCGCCUCUCGCCACAAUUACGGCAACAUGCUCUUAGACGAGGUAUUCCCUGCCACUAUCCCCUCCUGCUAUCCGACUUACAAAAAUUGUCUACCCAUGGCUAACAACAAACUAAUUGGCAUAACUAGGCCUCACAACAACCGCCCGUCGUAAUGCAGCCUCAAACUUUCUCAUGCCAGCUCUAAGCCCUACAAUGACCGAAGGCACAAUCAGCAGUUGGAAGCUGAAAGAAGGGGACACCUUCUCAGCUGGAGACGUCUUACUGGAGAUCGAAACCGACAAGGCCCAGAUGGAUGUCGAAGCCCCCGACGAUGGCGUCCUCGCAAAGAUAAUGGUCAAAGCGAGUGCUAAAGCAGUUCAGGUUGGCUCUCGAAUUGCAGUAUUGGCGGAGCCGGGUGACGAUCUCGCGGGUUUGGAAGUGCCACCGGAGAAGGAUUCCAAGAGUGGUAGCGGCACUCCGGCGAGCGGAGAAAACGUUGAUGAGGAGAAUCCUAGGAAGGAUACCGGGUCUCCUAGGAGGGAGCAUGGACCGAGUGUCGUGGAGAGCUCAGUUAGGAGUGCUCCGGAUACUGCUAUGACCGGGAAAGUGUAUACCCACUCGCCAGGUGUUGCGCACUUGAUUAGGGAGCAUAGGAUUUCCGAAGGCGAUGCCUCUGCCAUCACAACUACGGGUCCGAAGGGGCGGUUGCUAAAGGGGGAUAUAUUAGCUCAUCUAGGAAGGAUUAAUAAAGCCCAUCCGAGGGAACUUGAAGAGCGAAUUCACAAAUUGCAGAAGCUUGACCUGAGUAAUAUUAAGAUUGCACCUCCGAAGAAGGAUGUGGGAGAGAGUGCCAAAAAAGCAACAGAGAAGUUAGACGUCGACAGAGAAAGGGAAUUGAAGCUAGAGGUAUCAUUUGGUGAAGUCCUCAAGGCUCAGAAUAAACUCCAAGGUAGUUUCCGCCCUCCCAUCACGUAACAAAAUGGAAAAGCAUUAACAAGCCCAACAGCAGCCCUGGGCAUUCAUCUCCCCCUCUCCACCUUCAUUAGCAAAGCGACCACAAGAGCUAACCACUCCCUCCCACCUGUGGCGUCCGCAUCCGACAUCUUGGACGAGCUCCUCAACCUCCCUUCCAUGGCCUCUUCCCGGCCCGCUAAAUUCCAACCGGCAAUCACCGCCUUGCCCCUACCUUCCCCGCGCUCUCCUACAGCAAGCGCAGAUAUCCUAGAUAUGCUAACCGGCGCAGCAUCCGCUACUACCCCUGCCGUCAAGCGAACACUGGGCAUUGCGGCCACGGGUCCGAAUGUGAUUAGCCUCACUGUCAAGAGUGCGGAGGAGGAAGAGCGAGGGAGAUUAUUCUUGGAGAAGUUGAAGAGUUUUUUGGAGAAAGAUCCGGUGGGGCUGGUUUUGUAGAUGUAUCAGUGAGCCAGGGAUGUGUGUACCUUUCAUUUUUUUCUCUUUCUUUUUCUCUUUUAGAUUGGGGAACGGGGUGUAGUGAAGCCAAGCUCUCCCUUUUGCGCGUGUCGGGAGUUAUGGGCGUGGUGGCGAGUGUAAGAUUGCUUGUGUGCAGGAAAAGUCGCAGAAGGGGAUAAAGUAUAGAGUGACAUUCUGUGAUGGGAUAUGUCUGGGCGUUAUGGUUGUGAUGGCAUACGAGUAUACCUAGUUGGAGAUAACUCAUCGUUGGUCGUUUGUACGGUACGGCCGCAAUACGGCAAAGCCACACUGGGGCGGAAAAGAAACGAAGCCUGAGCAAUUCGAAUUCACAAUAUCAGCUGUCGUGGGUCCCCGCCCAAUUACAGAUUCAAGUAGCCAGGAAUCUAGGGAUCGAUAUUUUCCGACUCACUCUACCGAUAUUCCUGAGAAUCUCAUGCUAUGGGAUCACCUGUACAGUGCAGAAGAGCUCUGAAGCCCAAUCAAGGCACCUGUAAUUUAUAUGGUAGGUCAAACCAUGA